CUCUGGCUCUGUGGUGGAUAGUGGAGUGUUUCCCAUGUGGCAUUGGUGUGCUGGAUAUCCCUUCACUGGUAGCCUGGUUACAUACACUCCCAGGUCUUUCUCUGGCUCUGUGGUGGAUAGUGGAGUGUUUCCCAUGUGGUAUUGGUGUGCUGGAUAUCCCUUCUCUGGUAGCCUGGUAACAUACACUCCCAGGUCUUUCUCUGCCUCUGUGGUGGAUAGUGGAGUGUUUCCCAUGUGGUAUUGGUGUGCUGGAUAUCCCUUCACUGGUAGCCUGGUAACAUACACUCCCAGGUCUUUCUCUGCCUCUGUGGUGGAUAGUGGAGUGUUUCCCAUGUGGUAUUGGUGUGCUGGAUAUCCCUUCACUGAUAGCCUGGUAACAUAUACUCCCAGGUCUUUCUCUGCCUCUGUGGUGGAUAGUGGAGUGUUUCCCAUGUGGUAUUGGUGUGCUGGAUAUCCCUUCACUGGUAGCCUGGUAACAUAUAGUCCCAGGUUUUUCUCUGCCUCUGUGGUGGAUAGUGGAGUGUUUCCCAUGUGGUAUUGGUGUGCUGGAUAUCCCUUCACUGGUAGCCUGGUAACAUACACUCCCAGGUCUUUCUCUGCCUCUGUGGUGGAUAGUGGAGUGUUUCCCAUGUGGUAUUGGUGUGCUGGAUAUCCCUUCACUGGUAGCCUGGUAACAUACACUCCCAGGUCUUUCUCUGCCUCUGUGGUGGAUAGUGGAGUGUUUCCCAUGUGGUAUUGGUGUGCUGGAUAUCCCUUCACUGGUAGCCUGGUAACAUACACUCCCAGGUCUUUCUCUGCCUCUGUGGUGGAUAGUGGAGUGUUUCCCAUGUGGUAUUGGUGUGCUGGAUUUCCCUUCACUGGUAGCCUGGUAACAUACACUCCCAGGUCUUUCUCUGCCUCUGUGGUGGAUAGUGGAGUGUUUCCCAUGUGGUAUUGGUGUGCUGGAUUUCCCUACCAAGCUACAUGACUACAUUUUUCUCCACUGAAUUGUAGCAGCCACUUUUUGUUCCAUUCCUGUAGCUUGGUGAGGUCUUCUUGUAGGAAAUCCGCAGUCAAGGGGUUAAGAAGACAUGUUGAUUAAGAAAGUGACAGAUGAACCUCAGUGUUAGGGAAUGAAGGUAGUGUGCUCGGAGGUGAAAAUACCUAAAACUGCC